AUGGUACUAAAAAUAGUGUUUCCCCUUUUAAUACUCGCUUGGUCGGGUAAUGGAAAUGCCGUAAAACAUAGUGAUAGUGCUAGUGAACCGCGGCAGUUUCCUGAACAUUUCCGCUUUGGUGCAGCCACUGCUUCGUACCAAAUUGAAGGAGCUUGGAACGUUGACGGUAAAACUGACAAAUCUGAGAAAGAUAACGAAGCCACGGAAGAUGUCAGGCAAUUUGAGUGGGGCCAAUACGCACAUCCUAUUUUCUCAGAGAGCGGUGACUGGCCCGCUGUAAUGAAAGAAAAAGUAGCAGCGAAGAGUCUUGAGCAAGGAUUCUUUAGUUCUAGACUACCAGAAUUUACUCAAGCUGAAAUAGAUAUGAUAAAGGGCAGUUCAGAUUUCUUCGGUCUAAAUCAAUAUACAACCGCUCUGGUUUAUAGAAAUGAAUCAGUAAAUGGCAAGUACCCUGUCCCUUCGUAUUAUGAUGACAUUGGUGCAGUUUUGUACCAGCCUGAGGAAUGGGAAUCUUCGUGGUCUGGAACUACGUGGAUGAAGAUAGUACCAUGGGGUUUCUAUAAGUUUUUGACAAAAAUUAGAGAAGAUUAUGGGAACCCACCUGUUUACAUACUGGAAAACGGAUGCUCGACAGAUGUUGGUCUUCAAGAUGAUGUGAGAGUUAAAUGUUUAAAGCUAUAUUUAGAUGCUUUAUUGGAUGCGAUAGAUGAAGGAUCUGAUAUCCAAAUGUACACUGUGUGGAGCCUUAUGGAUAACUUCGAGUGGUAUGAAGGAUAUGCCGAUCGCUUUGGCCUUUAUGAGGUAGACUAUAAUGCUGAAGAACGUACUCGUACACCGAGAAAAUCUGCUUAUUAUUACAAAGAGCUUCUGCGUACGCGCACCCUGGAUAUAAACUACGAACCGGACAUGUCUGUUCCGAUGACAAUUGACGAGGGAAAAUAA